CCCCAAACUGAGGUCUAGGGCAUCCUGCUUCAGUGGGUCGGAAACAAGCCCAGCCCCACACAGGGAGCCCGAGUUUCCAGAGCAGGAGCUGACAUCCUUCCAGGCCCUCGGAGGCCUAUACACCCGGACGGGAUGCGUCUCCCGGGGCUCGAGCAGGGCACCAGCUCCUGGAGCAAGCGGGUGUCUGCAUCCAUUUUUCUACCUGGAGAAGCGGAGCUGCUUGCCUGACUGCCUCCCUUCUCUCUCCACCGUUGCCAGCACACCCCUGAUCCUGGACUUGCUCCGGCUGUCCCCACUCAGCCCACAGCCAGAGGCGGGCAGACAGUGGCCGCAGAGGCUGCCGCUGUGGGAUCUAUGGGAUCCGUAGGGAAGACAGGGCCCCCCUUUCGUCGUACUCGCUGCCGCUGUGGCAGCUGUCAAUGCGCCUCGCAGCUCCGCCGACAGGUCCUUGCUGCAGGAGCCUGGGUGCACAGAUUUGCCGGCUGACCCCCAGAACAUUUAUGACUCUUUAUGAGCUGUUCUAAAGACAGCACAGGGUGGUGCGCGUCCUGAUACGCUGGGCGGGUUCUGCUCCCCCGAUAGGAAGGGAGUCGCUCUUUAUGACACCGUCUACUCACACUCGACAGGCCGAAAUGCGUUUCUGGGUGUUUCCAAGCAGUGAAGCAGGAGGUUUUGCAAUCCGUGUCCUGUGUGCCGGGGCAGGACAGCGCCCUGAUCUUUACGAGGCUGCGGUUGUAAAGAUGGACCAUGAACUUUCCCACCGCCGUGGGCAGGGCUCAUGGCUCCAUCACACCCGGGCCAGCCCUCCUGCUCGGCGGGGAAAUGAACACUGACCCAGUUACCGCAGCCUCCGGGGUCUCUCUUGAUCCCCCAGGAGACUCCCCAGGAAUCCUGACUUUAGAGCACAAGCGCUCAUCCUUUCCUCCUGCUGCUGCAGGUGAGCCUGCAGAGAGUCCUGUGUCAAUUUGGAAUUUGCUGUCCUUUCCGUGAAGGCCCCCCCAGUGUGGCCACCUGGGCAGUGACACUUGCAAACUCUUUUUUUUUUUUUUGAAUAACGCAGAACCCAGUUUAAAUAACCUGAGAGCAAUCCGUGUUCUCAGCUCCCUGAGGCUGCCUAGAACCGCAGAUUUUUCUGUUCUCUUCAGCUUCAUCACAUCAGAAAGCAGUUCUUUUAUUUUUGUCCGAUAAGCGUGUCCCUUGCUUGCAUGCUGUGUGAAAAUCAUAAAUGCCACCCUCAGUGAUGUCACAGAUGUGCACAUUUUUGCACCGCCAGCAGUUUUGCACAAACAGAAGUUUUUUCGGGUUUGCUGUGGCGCUGGAACACCGAAGCGAGAGAUUUGACCAGAUUUUCUGCGGGCUGACGCACGAGGCCCACAGGAAGGAGGUGGAGCAGGUGUACCUGCGCUGCUCCGCGGGCUCCGUGGAGUGGAUGUACCCGACGGGGGCUCUCAUCGUCAACGUGCGGCCCAACACCUUCCCGCCUUCUCGGCACCUGACUCUGUGCAUCAAGCCCCUCAAGGACUCCUCGGGGGCCAAUAUUUAUUUGGAAAAAACUGGAGAACUGAAGCUGCUGGUGCGGGACGGGGACCGCGGGCCGGGCCAGGUGCGCUGCUUCGGCUUCGAGCAGGGCGGCCUCUUCGUGGAGGCCGCGCCCCAGCAGGACAUCAGCAGGAGGACCACGGGCUUCCAGUACGAGCUGACCAGCCGGCACGCGGAGUCGGACCUGCACACCCUGUCAGCCCCCUGCCGCCCUUGCAGUGACGCGGAGGUGCUGCUGGCCGUCUGCACCAGCGACUUCGUCGUCCGAGGCUCCAUCCAGAACGUCACGCACGUGCCGGAGCAGCAGGAGUCGGCCAUCCACCUGCGCGUGAGCCGCCUCUACCGGCAGAAGAGCAGGGUGUUCCGGCCGGCCCCGGAGGGCGGCGGCUGGCGGGGGCGGGUGGCCACGCUGCUGGAGUGCGGCGUGAGGCCCGGGCGCGGCGAGUUCCUCUUCACCGGCCACAUGCACUUUGGGGAGGCCCGCCUUGGCUGCGCCCCACGCUUCAAGGACUUCCAGAGGAUGUACCAGGACGCCGAGGAGAGGGGCCUGAACCCCUGCGAGAUGGGCAAGGACUGAGGGGCCGCCCCGGCGGGUGGGGCCCGGGCCCGGCCAAGGACUCCCCGGCUGGUGGGAAAUGUUGUAAAAUGCAAACUAAGUUAUUAUAUUUUUUGUUUUUUUAAAAAGAAACGUCCAUAGGAAACAAA